AUGCAGAAUCAACAACAAAGGAAACCAAACUCUAUUGUAAUGCACAUGGAAGAGCAUAAAUCUGACCUUCUGAAUAUUCAUAAAAGGUAUCAAGCUUCUAACGAUCAAACUGAUCUUGUAGAAAACGCAGAAUCAAUUCUGCAAGAAGUCGUCGAUUCCUUACAAUUAGCAGUUGAAGAGCUGCCAAGCUUAAUCCCUUCAUUUAUAAAUUUAGUAAGAGCAAGGCAUCGAGACUCCCAAUUUCAAACUUUUCCCGAAUUUUUUGAAUUGCUUGCAGGAUGAGCAGUUUCCCAUAAGCUUCAGUCCAAUAAAACAGCUCAGCUUCAAAGACUAUUCCUCCAGCACUUAGACAAAUCAAUAAAACAGUACAAAGUUCUUCUAAAGCAAGCAAAAGAUCCUGAAGAAACUGCUUCAAUUAGGCAACUCCUAGAAUUACUUAUCAGCAAAAGAAAAAUUGUGUCUCAAGCUAAUAAAGCAGACAGUGUAUCUUUUAGCUUCAGACGAGAAGUAUACGCACAAGAAGAAAAAGGAAUCCAGGACCUUUUUAAUUUCUAUUCUAAACAACAUAUGAUGACAGGCAAAAACCCUACAUUUGAGAAUAUUGGAGAAGCCAUCGAUACAAUAGACUCAGGGAGUUUUUUAUUUUUUUGCAAAUCCUUUCAAAUUUAUAAUGAGAAAAAAGUUGAAGGAAAACGAUUUUUGACUAAACAGGAGUUGUUGGACAUUUUCAAAAGGACAUCAGUUUUGCAGAGAAAUAUGAAUUUUCAAGGAUUUAAGCAAGCUUUAGAUGAGAUUGCUUUGGCACUUUUUAACGCAGAAUAUGAUAAGCUAUUGCCGAUUCCUUGCUCUAAUUUAGGACUAGAAGAGAAAAGAGUCAUGCUUUGUGAACUUUUAAGAUGUGGAGACCCUAAAUAUGUAAGUGCUACUUGUAAGCCAAUUGGAAAACCUUUUGGCUCAAUUGAUAAAGCUACGAGAAGUCCUGGAGAAGACCCAAAUAAAAAAUUCAGGUAUAGGCUUAACGAAGAAAUGAAGGAUCAGCUUAAUGUUUAUAAAAGAGAAAAAGAAAUGAAACAAAAAUUCGAAAAGGAAGAAAAAGAAAGAGAAAAUUAUGAAAGGGCCAAAGUAGCACAAAGGAAACUAAAGGAGAAGAAAGAACAAGAAGACUUGAAAAAGCGAAAAGAUGCACUUAGGAUCCAAGAUUUAGAUAAAGCAAGACCUCAAGACUUCGAGCUCGGAGAAAAUCUUGAAGACUUAAUUGAAGAGAGUUAA